AUGCCUACCGCAAUCAAGAGAAGGAAGGUCGCAUCCGCCUCAUACAAAGCCGCAUCCCUUGUAAACAAGACAGGAGGCAUUGCUGCGUUCACGAAAGUCUCAAAAAGUAAUACCGUUAUCGAAAAAGAUCUUACCGGAAAACCCAAGAAACUCCCUGUUAUCUCAAUUACCCAGAUUGACCAAGAAUCACCGGUCCUUGGGAGGAAGCGAAAGGCUAUCGAGAUCGAGGAGGAAAGCGAACAAGAAGCAUUACACAUAACGUACUCUGCAGGAAAGACUUAUGAAAGGGAACCACUCCCACCUACGCAGAUCACACCUCAGACUAUCCCUCAAACUCCACGAAAGCCGUUGCUUAGCAGCAAAGUACAUUCAGUCGACACGCCAACCAAGGGAGCUCGGGGACUUCUCGACCGACUCCUACUCACAUCCAAUACACCCACUCGAUCAUCCUCAAAUCCAAAAUCAGAUAGCACACCUCUUCUCGAUCUUAACACUCCUCCGUCCUCCCAAGACAGCACAAACAAAUUACCAAGCGAGUUACUGGACCUGAUAAAUUUACACGCAGCAUUCCUCACCGCAUUAUCCCUACACUAUGCUCAUAAUGGAACCAAUUCUCCUGCAGACUUACGCAUGCUUUGCCCAAACGUGGCCCGAGCAUGGGGGAAGCGUAGCGUUACACCCGAAGAUAUCCAACGAACACUUGGUAUUCUGAAUAGCCAUAACUCUCAAAAACGAAGCGACAAUCGCGUAGCACAUCUUACACUUUCAGAUUAUGGGCACGGAAAAAUAUGCAUAGAGAUCAGCAUUACUGGAAACAAGGCGGGCAGGAUAGCUCGGCCUGUUAACGAGAACUUGAUGAACGAAAUCUUUGUGAAGGAAUUGGAAGGAUUAUGGGAGCAGAAAUCUGCGACCGAUCUCGAAGCGAAACAAUUUAUCUCAACGCUCCCUAUGGAACCUAUCACAACAUGCUCUUCGCUCAUAAAGGGCGCUGCGGUAAUUGCCAAAGGACAACGAAGACUGGAGGAAUUUAAAGUUGGAAUUACAAUCAAGAAGGAGGAAGAGAAAGUAAAAAAAGAGGAGGCAGAAACAUUAUAUCAAGCAGGCGCAAAACCAACACUUCUCGAGCGCCUGAGAGCGAAGCAAUUGGAGAAGAUCAAUGCUCCACCACCACCUACAAAGGAAGAGCUGGCUCGAAAAGUUGCAAUGCAGAAAAUUGAGGAAGUUGCAGCGGUGCUAAGCAUUCUCAGCACCUCGAGCUCGGUUGGACAACAGCGAAUAUCUUUCACCCUACCAACUAUAUGGGGAAAGUUGCGAGACUCGUUGAAAACGCCCAUCUCGAAGUCGGAGGGAGAAGUUUGUAUCCGAUUGCUGGCAACGGAGAUCGCGCCUGCGUGGGUGAAGCUUGUGAAGCUGGGCAAGGUGGAAGCCCUUGUAGUUAAUCGAGAUGAGAGGCCUACUGAGGCCAGCAUUUUGGAGAGAAUCAAGCAAGCUGCUUGA